CCGGGUCGAUCAAUAGCUCCCACGUAUCCCACGCAUGCGUCGUGCGCUCGGGACCCAACCAGGAGAGACCAGGGAACACAACACUGCCGAUUUACACCCGAAAAAACCAAGAACCCAUCGUUUUCACGACAAAAUGAGCCCAGAUCCUGAAGCUGAAGCGUCCGAGGACAUGCUAGAAUCAAUAGACGAACUAAAAGAACGUCUGUCCUCCAUGAAGCGGCUAAUGGAGGAGCGCAAGGCCGCGGGCACAGGCACCAAGGACCUGUUCCAAGGCCACGCGGCCAGCCUGCAGGGCACCAACAUGAUAGACGGAAACUUCCUUAGCUUCGUCUUCGGAGGCUCGCUCGUCGUCAUCCUGAGCGUCUCUGUCUACGCUUUUUACAACCUAUACCAUGCUGUUCUGAAGAAAUUCCCCUCCACUCAUACUGAGCUGUAAUGGACUGUGCGAUAUAAAACUAAGAUAAGGGUGGUUUUUAACGCGAGUGAGGUUAUAUUGUAAGGUUUUCUCGAAUAAAUCUCUUUUUUACUUAUGUGUU